AUGAACACUAAACCCACCUGUGCAGGAAGGACAGCAGAGAAGCCCUGUUUUUGUAAAGCUUUUAAUGUUGAUACUCAGUCCAAGCUCAGCGCAGAGUCCAGACCCAAAUUUCAUGAUCCAACACUUUAUCGCAGUCUUGCAGGUGCAUUACAGUACCUAACUUUUACUCGCCCUGAUAUAGCUUAUGCAGUUCAGGAGGUUUGUCUAUUCAUGCACGAUCCCAGAGAGGCUCAUUAUGAUGCAUUGAAACGCAUUCUGCGAUAUAUUCAGGGUACCAUUGGUCACGGGUUACACUUAUAUCCUUCACCUCCUAUGAACUUGAUUACUUAUACUGAUGCAGAUUGGGGCGGGUGUCCGGACACUCGUCGCUCGACCUCAGGUUAUUGUUGCUUCUUAGGAGACAAUCUCAUUUCCUGGUCUUCUAAGCGUCAACCUACUCUUUCUAAAUCAAGUGCAGAGGCGGAAUAUAGGGGCAUCGCAAAUGUUUUUGCCGAGGCUUAUUGGCUUCGUAAUCUUCUUUUGGAGUUAUAA